GCUACUUAGUCUAAUUUCUGCUCACCACCCAACUAAUCUUGAACCAAAGUUUGAAUGAUAGAUAUGACAGAAACUUCGCCUAUUUGUACCCUGUUCUAAAUGCAGUGUUUCGUAACAUUCGGGGCAUCGGUAAACAUGGGCGGCGCGACCAUGGUGCUGGCCUACUCCACCGGGCUGGUGCUGCAGCUGCGGAGACCUGGCUCCGAGAUCCCUGUCAGCAUCGCCGAGGAGUCCUGGAUUGCCGCUAUGCCAGCUGUAUUCAGCUUACUAGGAAGCUGUUUGACAGCCAUGGGGAUGUCUCUGAUCGGCCGCAGGUACACUCAGAUCGCGAGCAUCAUUGUCGUGAUCGUCGGCUGGCUUUUCAUCGUAUUCGCAAAGGACAUCACUGUCAUCCUCGUAGGACGCUUCUUCCACGGCAUAGCAAUGGGAGCCAGCAUGCUAUUGACUCCUAUAAUAAACGCUGAAUACUCCAGCCCGAAAUAUCGAGGAACGUUUAUGCCAGUAGCGAGUUCACUGGCAUCUCUUAACGUAUUGAUUUCACACAGCACAGCAUUGUACUUGAGCUGGAGGACGAACGCUAUAAUUUGUACUGCCAUAGCUGUAGCCAAUUUACUAAUAGCUGUAUGCUCUCCAGAAUCUCCAAGUUGGUUAGCAGCUAGACGAAGGUACGAUGACUGCAGACAUGCCUUCCGGUGGCUGCGAGGUGACGACGAAGAAGAAGAAUUGACCAAUAUGAUAAACGCGUGUGAAAUUUUACACAAAUCGAAAAUUGAAAACGGCAAAGCUUCAAAUAUGACUAUCGGAAAGAAGAUUGCUGAGUUCAAAACGAUAAUGAUGAAGAAAGAAUUCUACAAACCAGUAUUAAUAAUGUUUCACGUGUACACGGCGGGGUUAUGGGCGGCAAGUUGGAUUCUGUCCACAUUCGUGUUUGAUCUCAUCCCUAGCGUGGUGGGAGAAGGGUACAACCACCACGCUCUGGGUUUGAAUAUCCACAGGUUUGUAGGAGGUGUUGUAGCUAUUUAUUUCAUAACGAAAAUUAGGAGAAGAGUUUUAUUUCUGGUGGUAUCUGCUUUAACAGUGAUAAUUUUACUUGCCACUGCAGCGUUUACUUAUGCUAAAUCGAUAGGCGUUUUGACGUCUGAUUUACCAGCUUUAGGAUUAUUUUUACUGCAUUUACACACGGUCGUUUUAGCUAUUUGUAUGAUGCCUUUGCCGUUUAUCAUAGGUGGAGAAAUAUUCCCUUUGAGGUACAAAAGUUUUGGGAGUGGUGUGAGCAGCACAUUCUUUUUUGUAGGCACAGCGAUUCUGCUCAAGUCGUUCCCGUUUCUAUUAAACAGCGUAGGAGUCCAUGGAACAUACACCAUAUAUUCCUGUAUAAUAUUAUAUUGUUUAGUGAUAUUGUAUUUCUAUUUACCGGAAACUAAAGAUAAGACUUUGCAAGAGAUAGAAGAAGAAAUGAUAGGCAAACCUUGCAGCUCGGACGAAAUGAAAUCAGUUCAGCAGACGUUAUUAAAUGAACCUGUAAUCAACGAAUAGUUAUAGGUUAACUAGACUGAUUAAAUAAUUUUCAUGA